GAAUCCGUUAGUGUGUUGUUCCGCGGCUGAAGGAUAACGAACCAAUUUAUAUCCAUUUAUGGUUGGACUCCAGAGCAAGUUUUGGUCAGCCAAUGGGCUUUCAGACAUGACUACAGUCGAUGGACAUGUUACAUAGCCCAUGAUCACUGCAGUCACAGUCGCUGAAGAUUUCCGAUUUUGUAUAACUAUUCAGAGCAUCAUCAGCUCACCAGCAUUGACAGCGUUUAUCAUCAAGAAAGUUCAAAUAUGGGUGUUCUGUUUGAGUCAUUCUUACUUGAGUUUCUUGUGGUUCUUGGAGCCAUAUUCGCAUGGUUAUAUUAUUAUUUCACGUCUCAUUUCAAUUACUGGAGAGAUAAGGGUGUACCCUACUUAAAGCCAGUGCCAUUUUUUGGAAACCUUAUGGAAAUUGGACUUCAUCGUAAGACACAAGCAGAAGGAUUCAGGGAGCUGUACCACAAGUUAGAUGGUCAUAUGUUUGGAGGUAUAUUUCAAACAAGGAUUCCCAUGAUCAUGUUCAGGGAUCCCGAUCUGAUAAAACACGUUCUCAUUAAGGAUUUCUCGCAUUUUCAUGACCGCGGAAUGCCACAUGAUGUUGAAAACGAUCCGAUCAGUGCAAACCUUGUGAUUCUUGAAGGAAAACCAUGGAAAAAUCUACGUUUAACAUUAAACCCAGCUUUCAACUCAAGCAAGAUGAGGAUCCUGUUUCAUCUGGUAAAGGAAUGCGCAGAAGAUCUUUGCCGAUAUCUGGAUACGUUCGCCCAGGAUGGAGAAAGCGUGGAUCUGAGAGAUGUGUUGGCCAGGUAUGCCACUGACAAUAUUAGUUCAUGUGCAUUUGGAGUCAAGAGUAAUUCUCUGAAAAAUCCACACUCAAAAUUCAGAGAAAUGGGUGAGAAGAUAAUUGCGCCCGGAUCCUGGACAAAUAUGCAUCGUCUUUUCCGGUACACUUGCCCAUCUCUGCUCAAAUACUUCAACAUCAAGAGUUUUUCGGAUGAAGUUACCGGUUUCUUUGUGAAUGUUGUGAAGGAGACACUUGAGUACCGCGAGAAAAACAACAUCGAGAGGAAGGAUUUCCUAAAUUUGCUGAUACAACUGAAGAAGAAGAUUGAUAUUAAUGAAAACGAUGAUGAAGAAGACAAGAACGUCGAUGACGAUUUGGAGAAAAUAGAUACUGAAGAAAACUUCUCUUUUGAAGAGCACAGCAAGACCAUGAAGAAUGGUGUUGCAGAUACAAAAACCGGCCACAUGAGGGAAAAUGACUACGCUCUUGGACAAAAUGAUCAUGUGACACCCAAAAGGAAGUGGCUCGACAGCGUUGUGUUUGACGAGAACAUGAUAGCGGCACAAGUGUGCGUGUUCUUCCUGGGGGGUUUCGAGACGGCUGCAACGAGCAUGAGCUUCUGCCUCUACGAGCUGUCACUGAACCAGGACGUGCAGCGGCGACUCCGGGAGGAGAUAGACCACGUGCUGAAGGAACACAAGGGCCACUUCACGUACAACGCGCUAGAGCACAUGGAGUACCUGGACCACGUUGUGGCCGAGACCCUGAGGAUGUAUCCCUCGCUACCGAACCUGAUCAGGGUGUGCACCAAGCCGUACACCAUCCCAGGGACGAAUGUGCACAUCGAGAAAGGGACACCAGUUAUUAUCCCUAUCUACGCCAUCCACCGCGACCCUCUUUAUUAUUCGGACCCUGACAGAUUCGACCCUGAGCGCUUCACGGACUACAACAAGGAGAAGAGGCCCCCCUACACGUACCUGCCCUUUGGAGAAGGGCCCCGUAUUUGCAUAGGACUGAGGUUUGGUCUCAUGCAGGUGAAAAUGGGACUUGCUAUUCUAAUAUCGCGCUUCCAGUUUGACAUCUGCGAGAAAUCAGCUGUACCCCUGGUUAUGGACCCGAAGAAGUUCGUAAUGAACACAACUGGAGGACUUUGGCUCAAGAUGACGCCUAGGACACAGUGAAUGCAAAAGUGGAUCUUGUUCCAACUGUAAUCGCUCGGUUCAUCUGCAAUGUUACGUCAUAUUUGUUACACUGGAACUCAUAACCUUAAGAUAACACUAACAACAUUUCAUUAUUUAACUCUCUAAACACCAGCUCCCUGUAAGUAAUAUGGCCUAUUUAAUUAUUCAGUUUGUACCUCACAGAAAACUGUAUCCCCAUAACAAAGAUAAAUCACCUCACAUUAUUUAAGGAAACAGUCGCUGUUUAUUGUGAGAACCAUACGGAACACACAAAUACACUGUGUGAGCAGAAUGCAGAAUUAUAUAAUGCCAAAUCGGGUGGUACAUAUAUCUACCAUUUGGCUCUAAAGGUUAAGAAACAAGAUUAGAAAGUGUUCUCUAAAACUGGACUACAUUGACUACUUGUCAACUGAGUACCUCAUGGCCUUGCUCUUCAUUUAUAUAAAUCUACCGUUAAAAUUCUACUCGAAUUCCAAACGCCAUAUUGUGUUGCCAUAGAAGGUUCUUCUCUUCUAUCUCUUUAAAUAUUUAUCAUGUUAACAAAUAUUUUAAAUAAAGUUGUACAUCAUAAUGUA